AUGGUAAUUAGGACGGAGCCGAGUCUGAGCCGGGUUGAGCAACGGCACGCGAGCCUGAGCCGGGUUGAGCAAUGGCACGUGAGCGAGGCCCUGAUCGAAGCCAAACUGGGCCUGGUGUACAGGUCGAUCUUCGAGGCAACGACGGGCAUCGUGUUCCUCGCCACGCCGCACCGGGGGUCCUCAGCGGCGGCAAACCUAGGCGCCGUCGCCGCGGGCAUCGCGCGCUACACUAUGGUGGUGAGCUUCAACGUAAGGCUAAUCCGCAGGCUCGAGAGCCGCAACAACUACCUCGUCGUGAAGUCACACCACUUCUCCGAGAUCUACUCGCGCUUCAACAUCUACACCAUCUAUAAGAUGGUCAGGAUUGGUCGUAUUAUGCCGUGGCGUGUUCCAAAAGACUCGGCCGUCAUGAACCUGCCCAACGAAACACACAUACCCCUGAAUGGAGGCCACCGGAGCGUUGCGCAGAUGGCAGAUCCUGGACGCGGAGGCAGUCAGAUAUUUUACAGGGCCGUGUGUGAGCUCGUGACCCAGACAGUUCCCGUCAGGGGCAAGCUAAUGUUUGUUUCUCGACCACAGGCGAAUCGAUCGAGCCGGCUCUACGUGUUCCCGAGGGCUUCGCGAUGGUACCGUCCCAGCACCGUCGUCGGGAUGCAGCGGCCGAACAAGACGGUCCAGGCCCCUUGGUACACGGACGGCAUCACGCCAACGCAGGACUACCUCUACGUGCACGGCGGGCGGGCGCCGGCACCCCCGGGCCAGCGGUGGCUGGACGGCGUAGCAGUAGCGCCGCGGGUAGUGCGGCAGUUCGUCGCCGGCUGCACGACUCACCCGAGUAGAUCGAGGCACAGUACCCGCUCAAGCGCCUCGAAGCCCCCGCGGACCUGGCCAUCCCCCCCCGACACGCGCAUGCACCCCCGCGAGCGCACGCUCCGCGACAAGCUCGACUGGGCGUCGGCAGCCAACAGGAAGCAGAGGACAGUCGAGCUGCAGGUCUGGCCAGCUAUGGACCAUCAAGUUGCCGGCUUCGUCGUCUUCGUACGACCCCGUGAUGACGACACUCGGCAGCGCCAACAUCCGCCGCGGCGGCCAGCAGCGGUGCCGCCGCCGCCGCUAUCGCGGUACUCGCCGCUCGCAGAUGACAUGGACGCCGUGCCGCCGUCCCAGGACGUGGGCGCCGGUGCGCGCAUCCGCCAUCACAUUGUGCCCUACGACGGGGACGCACAGUCGUGGAACGUCGACGGCGCCGUCCUCGUCAACGUUCACGUCGCCCGCGCUAACCGGUUCGCGCGCGCCGCCGGCCUAGCGCUGCCGCAGCCUGUCUUGUUUGCUGCCGCCGACGAGGAUGCGAUUUUGGACAGGGUGCGCGGCGUUGGUGGUGUGGGCGAGAUGAUGGCUCGAGCAGGCUUGGGGGUUUGGGCUUGCGAGGAUCCGGCCGUCUUCUGGUGCAGGGAGCGGCUAUGCUAUUGGCAGGGAUAUGAUGGUUCCUAUCGGAGAAAAGGCAGAAGCCCUGCCGGGGUAUUGUGGCUGGAGUGGGUGAACUGGGCGAGCUACCAGUGA